AUGCUCUCUGGGUUUUUAUCACAAACUCAGCCAAAACCUCAGACGGCAUCUGUCACAAUUACGAAGUUAUGUGACAGGCUACAACAUUCGACUUUGUUAGAAGACAGACGAGCAGCGGUUUUGGGUCUGAAAGGAUUCAGUAGGGAAUAUAGAGAAACGGUAGCUGCUGGAGGAUUACGAGGUUUGAUUUCUGCAUUACAUCGUGAUAGUGAAGAUGCUGAGACGUGUAGAGCUACAUUGGAGACUCUAUUAAUCUUAUUCAUGCCUGAUGAACUUAGCGAAGAUCAAGCGACCACGACUAACGGUAAUUCGACCGGAUCAGGGCGUCAGGCAAGAAGACCUCUGGAGCAAAAUUCACGAUUUACCAGAUCCCGUGGAAAAAAAUACAGCUCGCCUCUAUUAAAACCGAAUCACAAUCCUGACAAUAUUUCAUUAUGGCUUACAGACGAAUUCACCCAAAAGCAGGAUAAUAUUAUAACAUUGCUGGAACUGGUUGAGAAAACGGACGAUUUCUUUACUAAACUCUACGCUUUGCAACUGCUAUCCGCUAUUAUAUCUAAUAGGCCAUUGAGAUCUCAAGAAUGCAUUUUAGCUGCCCCUCUGGGCAUCUCCUCUUUAGUCGCGUGUUUGGAUGACUAUCGAGAUGUCAUUAGGAACGAGGCAAUAUUGUUACUAUUAUACCUGGUUAGUGAACAUUUUGAUAUGCAGAAACUAGUCGCAUUUGAGGGGACAUUUGAUAAAUUAUUUAGCAUAAUUGACAUUGAAGGCGGUCUCAAUGGGGGUGUGGUUGUAGAGGAAGCGAUUUCUUUGCUGUCUGCUUUGCUCAGGUAUAAUGUUUCCAAUCAGCAUCACUUCAGAGAAACCAACUGUGUUCCUAAAUUGGUAUCUUUGUUAGAAAAUAAAGAUACUUUGGACCAGCUUUCUUCUGAUGAUUCUGGUUCGUUGUCAAAUGCAAUUAUCGGUACCCUAGAAUUGUGCCGAUUAUUUGUAAUUGAGGAUCACUGGAGCACACCGGUCAACCAACAGGCACUCUGUAAAGAAGGCUUAUUGUUCACGGUACUAAGGUUAGCUUUUGGUGUAAGUACUCCAAUGCCAGUUCGAUGUUCAGCUUUUCUCACUGCUGCUGCUCUUGUGCGAGGAAACAGUCCGUUACAAGAGGAAUUUUUAGCUAUUGAUGUUCCAUAUUUUGACUUGUCAAUUGCAUUUAAUGUGGAGAAGGAGCCACUUAUUAUUCCUGUGUCUUUAGCGCUUCUUAACUGGGUUCUUCUUAGUACGUCAGUUCACACUUUCGACCUUCGGGUAGCGGCACAACUGUGUUUGAGUUCCGCUCUACAAGGAAAUAUCCAGGCCAAACUAAGCUUUUUAAAAGAUCAAAUGGCUUCUUAUCCAGGGAAUAUGUCUGAAGUUGCAGAUGAGCUGGAAAUUAAAGACAAAGUGGAAUCAAGAAGCACUAGCACCAGUCCAAAUCUUGAACAGAUUGAAACAAAUGCACCCAAAAUAGUUGGGGAUGCUAAACCACAGCCCGACUAUCCUGAAGGUUCAGCCAACCUAUUCUCGGCGCUGGUAGAUUACGAUCCUGAUGCCAGGCUGAACCCCUAUAAACCGUGGUUCGCGGCUGUAAUACUCAUCAAUUUGUUUGAAGAUGCCGAUAUUUCCAACCCGUCACAUUACAACACUGAAUCACAUGAAGUUCGUGAUUUUGUGAGAGGCUUGAUGAUUGGUGACGCUUCAAUUGGUGAGGAGGUUGUAUCCUGCAUCCAAGCUAUGUCAGGUAUGCUUGUUACCUCGUUACGCUAUCCCGAUCCACGCAUAUCUCUUGGUUAUUUGAUGUUGCUAUCUAUAUGGCUUUAUGAUGACACUAAGGCAGUGUCAGAUUUUCUUGGUGAAUCCGGAACCAUUCAGGCUCUAAUUUCCUCUGCAACCCACAGUUCUAAUAAUGAUCCUUUGGUUGAAGCUCUUAGCACUGUUUUGCUAGGCAUUGUUUAUGAUUUCAGUAGCGCGGAGUCUCCAAUCCCAAGGUAA